AACCGGAAAUCUGGGGGAGGAGCUUAGUGCCGUGGGCGCCAGGGUACCGGAAGUUGUCUCGGCGGAUGGAGGAUUUUCUUGCUUUGCUUGCUGCUGGUUCUUUCCAAGUUAGAUUCCAGUGUGCUCCUCACCCAGACUUCCCAGGCUUCCAGAAUGUCUGCGAUUCCUGCAGAAGAGAGUGACCAGUUGCUGAUCCGACCCCUUGGCGCUGGGCAGGAAGUAGGACGGUCAUGCAUUAUCCUAGAGUUCAAAGGAAGAAAAAUAAUGCUGGACUGUGGGAUCCACCCUGGCCUGGAAGGAAUGGAUGCUCUUCCAUACAUCGAUUUGAUUGACCCUGCCGAGAUUGAUCUCCUGUUAAUUAGUCAUUUCCACUUGGAUCACUGUGGUGCGUUGCCCUGGUUUCUGCAGAAGACAAGCUUCAAAGGAAGGACAUUUAUGACUCACGCCACCAAAGCCAUUUACAGAUGGCUUCUGUCGGAUUACGUCAAAGUCAGCAACAUAUCAGCAGAUGACAUGCUCUACACCGAGACAGACCUGGAGGAGAGCAUGGACAAAAUCGAAACGAUCAACUUUCACGAAGUGAAGGAGGUGGCGGGGAUCAAGUUCUGGUGUUACCACGCCGGCCACGUGCUGGGAGCCGCCAUGUUCAUGAUCGAGAUCGCAGGCGUGAAGCUUUUGUACACAGGCGAUUUCUCGAGGCAGGAAGACCGACACCUGAUGGCAGCCGAAAUCCCCAACAUCAAGCCGGAUAUUCUGAUCAUCGAAUCGACCUACGGGACCCACAUCCAUGAGAAGCGCGAGGAGCGAGAGGCGAGGUUCUGCAACACUGUUCACGACAUCGUCAACAGGGGUGGCAGGGGCCUCAUCCCUGUCUUCGCUCUCGGAAGGGCUCAGGAGCUGCUCCUGAUUCUGGAUGAGUACUGGCAGAACCACCCCGAGCUGCAUGACAUCCCCAUCUACUACGCGUCAUCCUUGGCCAAGAAGUGCAUGGCAGUGUACCAGACCUACGUCCACGCCAUGAACGACAAGAUCCGGAAGCAGAUCAAUAUCAACAACCCCUUUGUGUUCAAGCACAUCAGUAACCUCAAGAGCAUGGACCACUUCGAUGACAUCGGCCCCAGUGUCGUCAUGGCCUCGCCAGGCAUGAUGCAGAGUGGCCUCUCCAGGGAGCUCUUCGAGAGCUGGUGCACUGACAAGAGGAACGGCGUCAUCAUUGCGGGGUACUGUGUGGAAGGGACGCUGGCCAAGCAUAUCAUGUCUGAGCCCGAGGAAAUCGCCACCAUGUCUGGACAGAAGUUACCACUGAAAAUGUCUGUUGACUACAUUUCUUUCUCUGCUCACACAGAUUACCAGCAAACCAGUGAAUUUAUCCGCGCUCUGAAACCCCCCCAUGUGAUUUUAGUCCAUGGAGAGCAGAAUGAGAUGGCCAGGCUGAAAGCAGCACUCAUUCGAGAGUAUGAAGACAAUGAUGAGGUUCACAUAGAGGUGCACAACCCUCGGAAUACAGAGGCUGUGACCUUAAACUUCAGGGGAGAAAAACUAGCCAAGGUCAUGGGCUUUUUAGCAGACAAAAAGCCAGAACAAGGCCAGCGGGUCUCAGGAAUUCUUGUUAAGAGAAACUUCAAUUAUCACAUCCUUUCUCCUUGUGACCUGUCCAAUUACACCGACCUGGCCAUGAGCACCGUGAAGCAGACCCAGGCCAUCCCCUACACUGGGCCCUUCCACCUGCUGUCUUACCAGCUGCAGAAACUGACAGGUGACGUAGAAGAAUUAGAAAUUCAAGAAAAACCUGCUUUGAAAGUAUUCAAAAAUAUUACCAUAAUACUGGAACCAGGCAUGGUAAUCCUAGAGUGGCUGGCGAACCCAUCCAACGACAUGUACGCGGACACAGUGACCACCGUGAUCCUUGAGGUGCAGUCCAACCCGAAAAUACGGAAAAGUACGCAGUCCUCUCCCUUCUCCUGGGUCUGUGAACGAAAAAGCAGUGGAGUCCUAAGUGUGGCUCAGAAGGUUUCGAAGAAGCUGGAGACGCACAUGUACAGCAAGCGCCUGGAGACUAUGCUUCAGGACAUAUUUGGAGAAGACUGUGUGAGUAUGAAAGACAGCUCCGUCCUCAGCGUCACCGUGGAUGGGAAAACGGCCAACGUUAGCUUGGAGACCCGGAGCGUGGAGUGCGAGGAGGGCAGCGAGGACGACGAGUCGCUGCGGGAGAUGGUGGAGCUGGCGGCGCAGCGCCUGUACGACGCGCUGACCCCGUGCGCAGAGGCAGAGCCGAGAGACCUCCCGUGAGCCCUCCGCCGAGCCCAGGCGUCCGGACUCGGGCUUCUUCCAGAGCGCCCCUGGACCUGGCGCUUCCUGGUGCUGCCGCCUGCGAAGCCCUGUACAGCCGGCGCGUGCCGGGUCUGGUAGCCAACCCAGCACUCGGGGAGGCUGAGGCAGGAGGACCGGAAGUUCCAGCCCACCCCUCCCAAUUUAGACGCUUUCCAAAUAAAAAGUGAAGGGCUGGGGAUGUAGCUCAGUUCUGGGUUCAAUCCCCAGUACCUAAGAAAAGACUUGCUCUUAA